UCGCAGCUCUCCGAAUUACUAUUCAUUAUUUGAGCUGUGUUGGAAGAACUAACACUACAAUGAGCGGAAGAGGCAAAACUGGUGGAAAAGCCCGCGCUAAGGCCAAGACUCGCUCCUCCAGAGCUGGGUUGCAGUUCCCCGUCGGUCGUGUUCACAGGCUUCUCCGCAAAGGUAACUAUGCCGAGCGCGUCGGUGCCGGUGCUCCGGUGUAUUUGGCUGCCGUACUCGAGUAUCUUACCGCUGAGAUCCUGGAGUUGGCUGGAAACGCCGCUCGGGACAAUAAGAAGACCCGUAUCAUCCCCCGUCAUUUGCAGCUGGCGGUGCGUAACGACGAGGAGCUGAACAAGCUUCUGGGCGGCGUGACCAUCGCUCAGGGCGGCGUGCUGCCUAACAUUCAGGCCGUGCUGCUGCCCAAGAAAACCGAGAAACCAGCCAAGACCAAGUAAACUGAAGUUUCUCUUCAACCAAAGGCUCUUUUAAGAGCCACCCAUUUUCUCUGUGAGAGUGAAUUCCUUCAUCUGAUCACGAAAUUUAUAUGAAAAUCUGUAAGAUUAUAAACGUUAUAAAUAACUUUACAGUAGCAAAGAGCACAGCAUAAAAU